GUAUACCCAUAACAAUCUGCGCAUCACUCGGAUCUUGAAAUGCUUGGGAGAGAUGGGGAAGGAGCAUUAUCAGGUGCACCUUGUGAAGUUCUUCCUGACGGAGACGCUGGUUCAUCAGAUGCUCCCGCGUGUUAUGAGGAGCGCGUUGGACUACUUCAUGUUCACUGUCCGCAGUAAGCAGAAGCGGCGGGAGCUGGUGCAUUUCGCGUGGCGGCACUUCGAGCCGAAGCACGAGUUUGUCUGGGGGCCCCGUAAGAAACUCCUGGAUUUCAAGCCCCGAUCCUCGGAGCUCCUGAACAACGUGGCCCCGAAGGAUGAGCCAGAGCCGCCUAAGGAUGGAGCAGCGGAGGGCGUGGAGCAGAAUAAAUCCCAGUUGCCCAAUGAGACGGGCGUGGUUGGGAAUGCUGCGGAUGGAUCAAAUGAUAGUGUGAAGGGGCCGCCAGAUUUGGAUGGGGAUGCUGCGGGGACACAGCCUGUGAGCAAACAGAAGACUUCAGAAAAGACAGAAGAGGCUAAUUCUGAGUCGGCAUCCGAUGUCAGGGCUGAAGGGGAAGACGUGAAAGCAGGUCCUCCGAGAGGUAAAAUGAAACCAGAUGGGAAGGACCCCGCCAGUGAUUGCAGCAGUGGUGGAACAGACGGCGAAUACCUCAAGGAGUCCAAGAAGAGGAAGUUUGAGACGAACAAGCACAGCGGAGACAGCGCUGGGCUAUCGAGGUCUCCCACCGACAUUGAGAAGAUCGCUUCCAACCUUGAAGAGGUGGCGAUCGAUCGAGAAGACCCAGAUCGAGAAGGCCUUCCGCUCACAGAGAUGUCUAAACCGUCGAUGGGAGAAGGAAACGGCGGAGAUUGUCAGGAUUUGAAAGAGGUGGACUCGGUCAGUGCUGUGGUGAAGAGGCGGAAAGUCGAUGAGAUGGUGCCCGAUGAGAAGAUUGUAGAAACAGCCACAAAGCCGGAUGCCGAAGCGACUUCCUCCAAAAGCCAACUACCGAGUUUCAAAGUCCCCAGUCCUGAGACGACAGCCGAGGUCUGCCCUACUGGAGCGCAAAUAAGCAAUGGUGUGCCCUCAGAAGCGCAAAGUGAUUGCAGGACUGCGGGAGGUGUGGAGGUUCCGGUGAACUCUGAAACUAGUACUGCUAAUUCGGGUCUUCCCUUUGGGGAUCCCGAGCCUGAUACAUCUAACACGUGCAUAGUUACCUCCAUGACAGAGAAUGAAGGAUCACAGUCCUGUUCAGCUCUGACAACAGGACAGGAAGAAGAUGGUUCAGGACAGGAAGAGGCGGGGAUGAAAGGAAGACAGGAAGGAGGUGGUUCAGGACAGGAAGAGGAAGGGAUGAAAGGAAGACAGGAAGGAGGUGGUUCAGGACAGGAAGAGGUAAGGAUAAAAGGAAGGCAGGAAGAAGGUGGUUCAGGACAGGAAGAGGUAAGGAUAAAAGGAAGGCAGGAAGAAGGUAGUCCAGGACAAGAAGGGGGAGGGACAAAAGGAAAGGCUGAGGAGGCAUCCAAUUUUGAUGGAGUAGUAAAAGCCACAGAGAGCGCCACUUCCCUAGCAAAACCAGAAGCAGAGAGGAAUUCCAGAUAAAAAGGACUCACUCUGAAGGCAGGUGACAGGUUGUGAGAUUCACACAAGCACAGAACGACUCCAGUCCACAUUGCUUGUGGCGCGUGUGUGUGUUUUCCUGGUUGAGUUGUGGGGUUUUAUUUGUAUGCCUGUUUUUUAUAAAGUACCAAAGUGGGUUAUCCCAACCAGGGGGUACAACUUGAGGAUGGUUAUUUUCUGAUCUAAGUUGGACACAGUGUUUACUUACAGACACUGAAGGAAUAUUUUUUCCAUCCUCCUUUCGUUGCAAAUGAUUUCAGCCAUCUCGGGUUAAAUAAUAUGAGUUGGGGGGGGGGAGUAGUGAACUAAACGGAAGUUUGAUGAUUUGAGCCCCUUUCUGGGCUGCCUUUUUCAGUGUUAAUAGCUUAUCUGAAAUGAUUUAUUGUUAACUUAAUGCUGUUUUAAUAAAUAACUUUUGG